CCAAACCGUCACUUAGCGUGAUUUGCGUUGCCGCCUUUUGUGUACCGCAAUUCCGUCAAUAGUAAACCAUAGUAAACACAUGUCCGAUUUAUUCGUAAGUGUCGUAAGUGCACUUGUGAUUCGCGCAACCUACCGUAGUAUUGUUCAUCGUUAGAUUAAUUGUACAAGGAAUUUGAAUAAUUCCUUAGAAUGGAUUUUCUGGAAUAUCCGGACAUCUUCGCCGAGGUUAAGGGCGCUAUGACGCCAGGUAGAUUGAAGCUAACCGAUCAGCACUUAAUCUUUAAGAAUCAGAAGACGGGGAAGGUCGAGCAGAUCUCUGCGUCUGAUAUGGAGAUGGUAAACUUUCAGAAGUUUAUUGGCACCUGGGGGUUACGUAUCUUUUUGAAAAAUGGAACUUUGCACCGCUUUAAAGGCUUCAAGGAAGCCGAUCAAGAGAAGAUUGCUAAGUUCUUCUCCGUUAACUACAAGAAGGAGAUGUUGGAAAAAGAAUUGAGCCUGAAGGGCUGGAACUGGGGUACAGCGAAGUUCAACGGAUCUGUCUUGAGCUUUGACGUUGGCCACCAUACGGCUUUUGAAAUACCCCUAUAUGAUGUGUCACAGUGUAACACAGGGAAAAAUGAGGUGACAUUGGAAUUCCAUCAGAACGAUGAUGCUCCGGUCAGCCUAAUGGAAAUGAGGUUUCACAUUCCCAUUAGCGACAGCGCCGAUCAGGAUCCUGUUGAGGCGUUCCAUCAGCAGGUGAUGGAUAAGGCAUCUGUAAUCAGUGUGAGCGGCGACGCAAUCGCCAUAUUCAGAGAGAUUCACUGUCUGACACCACGCGGUCGUUAUGACAUCAAGAUCUUCCAGUCCUUCUUUCAGCUACACGGCAAGACCUUUGACUACAAGAUACCCAUGUCUACUGUUCUGAGGCUCUUUUUACUGCCGCACAAAGAUAACCGGCAAAUGUUCUUCGUUGUAAGCCUGGAUCCUCCUAUAAAACAGGGCCAAACGCGGUAUCAUUACCUAGUACUCUUGUUCAACCAGGAAGAGGAGACUUCCAUCGAGUUACCAUUCACAGAGAAGGAAUUGAAAGAUAAGUACGAGGAUAAAUUGACCAAGGAAUUAUCGGGACCAACGUACGAAGUACUCGCUAAGGUGAUGAAGGUAAUCAUCAACCGAAAGUUGACCGGCCCAGGACAAUUCACAGGUCAUACUGGAACACCCGCUAUCAGUUGUUCUUUCAAAGCUGCGGCGGGAUAUCUGUAUCCUCUCGAGCGAGGUUUCAUCUAUGUGCACAAACCUCCGAUACACAUUCGUUUCGAGGAAAUAGCUUCGGUGAAUUUCGCGCGCGGCGGUGGCUCGACCAGAUCCUUCGACUUCGAAAUCGAGCUUACGAGCGGUGUGGAACAUACGUUUAGCAGUAUUGAGAAAGAAGAAUAUGGUAAACUGUUUGACUUCAUCACGGCGAAGAAAUUGCGCGUCAAGAACCGCGGCAAGAGCGACAAGUUGAAUUAUGACGAGGACUUCGGCGACAGUGAUCAAGAAGAUGAACCAGACGCUUACUUGGCACGAGUUAAAGCGGAGGCGCAGGAACGCGAGGAGGAUGGCGGCGGAAAUCAAGACUCCGAGGAAGGCUCGACCGAUGAGGACUUCAAUCCGAAUCAAGUCGAAAGUGACGUCGCCGAGGAGUACGACAGUAAUCCCAAUAGUUCUGAUAGUGACGAUUCAGAUGCAUCUGCGGCCAGUCACAAGAAAGAAAAGAAAGAGAAGAAGGAAAAGAAAUCCAAAUCGGCGAAAACGGUGUCGGAAAAGCCGCGCAAGCAAAGGAAACCAAAGAAGGAGAGGGACGCAAACAAACCCAAGAGACCACCGACGGCGUUCAUGUUGUGGCUGAACAACGCACGCGACAAGAUCAAGGCGGACAAUCCGGGAAUAGCUGUGACGGAAAUCGCGAAAAAGGGUGGAGAGAUGUGGCGGGAACUUAAGGACAAGUCCGAGUGGGAAGCGAAGGCGGCUAAGGCCAAGAAAGAGUACGAGGCGUCGAUGAAGGAAUACAAAGCGAGUGGGGGCGAUAAAACUAAGGAACCUAAAGAAAAGAAAGAGAGAAAGAAGAAAGAAACGAAAAAGGAUUCGCCUAGCAAGCAGAUGUCUGGUUCUGCUUUCAAGAGCAAAGAGUAUAUUAGCGAUGACGAUAGUAGCAGUGAUGAAAGCAAAAAGUCCGUAAAGAAAGGACGUUCCGACAAUGAAAGUGAAGAGGAGAAAGACAGAAAGAAGAAAACUGAGAAGAGGCCAGUGGAAAACACUGGAAAAAAGACGGCGAAAAAGAGGAAACAAAGUGAAUCAGAUGAAAGCGACGCGGAAGAACCUAUAGAGAGCACUCCAUCUUCGUCUGACGCAGAAUCUAAAAGUGAUUAAUUAAUGUUAUAUAAUUUAAACGGACAUUCUUAUCAUCAUUUAUAUUACUUAUUGAAUUUCUAUAUAUUCUUCUAUUGUUAAAUUAACGAGAAUGAGUUACAUUUUUAUAUUUAAAAUCACAUAUGAGCAUUUAAAUGGAUUGAUAUUAGAAAAUUAUAUACAUAUCGAAACAAUUUGAUAUUUAUGUAAGUUUCUAAUAUUAUAAAGUUUUCAAUAACAUUAAGAUCCAAGAAUAGAACAAAACAUUUUAUUGUUAAAUAUUUUUGCUCUGCUUUUUUGAGCAAAUGCUUCUCUCUUUAAUGGAAAAAAAAAAUAAAAAGGUUCUUUAUUUACUAGA